CCGCGCAUUGUGACGUCACGUAAAUGUGAGCCGGGAAAAUCUUCCAUCAAGACCUGAUGAGAGUAGUCUGAUCAAGGGAGUGAAAUCUCUUGGUGUAGGAUAUCCACUUAUCUUCCCCUGUGAGCUAGUUUUAGCGCUUUCUGAGUGAAAAAAAAAUUGAGAAACGCUUGUUGCCAUGACAACGUAUUCGUCUUUUGGACUCCAUCUCUUAAUGCUGACCAACUUGACCAACGUGUCGGUCAGUGGUAGUGAGGAGGAGAGGUUCCACAGGGAGACCAUGCGGCUGUCCAAUAACUGUUCUUCUAUAUUCAUUCGGCUGGACAAUUAUCAUCAUAGGGUGGAACUAACUUCAACAGACGAGAACCCUCAGGAGUCUAUCAUACGGGCCAAUACGUCAUGCUCAGCCCACGUUAUGACCGGAAACAAAGAUCAAGGCAUCUGCAUCCAUAGCAACGACCUGUUUUUCUUGAGCAGAGACCUCGGUGUUCAGUUAAAAAUAUACACCUCCAAAUUCGGACCUGAGAGGGCCUUUAGUCAUGGUCACACAAAGUUUCGCCACUGGUGUACCCCCCACUCUUUGAUCACCCUGGAGCUGACCACGUCACGUGACUUUCAAAACCAAAAUGGCGAAUACAGAUUCACCUUCCUGCUGAGCAACGUGACCAAGGCCAACAUCAACACGCACUUCCAUCUAGACUCCUUCGACCAGUGUAAUUUAACGCACACUUUGCAGGCAGGGGAAGAAAUCACAAUAUCUGGACAACGCUCUCCUGUACCUGAUAAGCUCCCUUCUGUUUGCCAGCUGACUCUGGAUACAAAGACUGAUGAAGAGUUUACCGAGAUUUGCCUCCAGAUGGAGGACUUCAGCGUAAAGGAGAACUGUGCCACUAAACUUGAAGUGUCAGGGUUUAAUUCUCGCUUUUGGCCAGAGAGUGAGGUGCUUGGCUGCAAUGAUACUCAUUCAAAGUUUAGAUCUAAGAAAGAGCUGUGUUCCGGAAACAGGUUCCUGGUUGUUAACCUUUCAAGGAUGAACUUGAACCACACAGGGAUGAACUUCAAGGCCGUUGUGAAGGUGAAGCGACAUCCAUUCUGGGAGGUCAUCUCGAAAGAAAACUACGAGCUACGAGGGUUGUCGUUCGUGAAAGGCUUGACAUUCUUCAUAGCAACCAUCAACUCCCUUGCUGGCUUCGGUGCCGCCAUAUUAGCCUCGAUGUUCAAGCGUCCAAGAUGGUUCUGGAAAGAGUGGGCAGAAUCCAUGAACGCCGGGAAUCAUUGCGCAUCGGUUCACUACGAAGCUAAAUGUACUGAAGUUUCAUCAACUUCAAAAGCUGAAGAUGUUCCAGAAGUUUCAUCUUAUUAAGUUAUACUUUUCAUGACGAGAUGACGUUAGUUAUAAUAAACAUCUUAUUUACAUCUCCGACUUAACAGUAAACAAUGUUUUCAAUGCAUGACGUUGUGACGUAGUUCAGUUCUGAUGGUAAACAUUUUACUCUGGUGUUCAAUUUAAAUUCAAGAGUUCUCUCUCGAGUCUUAUGGUGUGAAUGUUGAUCUUUUGUAGACGAAAAUAUUUCUGUACUUUUAUGAUCGUUUUAAAACUGGCUGCCUGGUCGUCUCGUCUGCCCGCUGGGCUAUCAUUCUAUUGUGUGGAUGGUCCCAGAUUCAUACCUUUGCAUGCUGACAUGCCCGUCGUCCUGCGGGAGGUUUGGACUAGCAAGUAGAUUAAUCUUCUACUCUGAAGGAAUAUCCGAAACAUGUAAAACAAAAAAAAAAUCAAUAAUAAUAAUAUUAACAAAUAAUGUUAAGUCUAGUAUCCAAAAGAAUCGCUGAUAACUAAAGACUGUCCUAUAGAUAUAGUUAGAAAUGUUAUCAAUGUAUGCUAUCAACAUUUAGUAACGAUUACCUUAGUUUAUGUCUGUCCUUUUUGUGUUACCUGAACACACGUAAGUGUAAGGUUAGUUUGUUCCAGUUUCGCGAUGACCUUAUUAGUACUCAGAUGAUGAGCAGGAUGUUUACAGUUAGUUCAAUCACUUACCUCGAAUUUAUGGGAAACAACUUUUGGCAAUGAACUAGAUUCAAUAAAUACAAUACAACGCUGCUGAGAAGAAGUUUACGCUCUGUAAUUAGCCGAUUACUUUUUUGAUUGACGAUUGAUUGGAAUUAAAAUGAGAUUUUCUCAUUCAUUGUUUGUUCUGUACACCAGUUGAUGGUAGAUGUACACUAUGUUGAGUAGUUAGAUGUACACUAUGUUGAGUAGUUAGAUGUACACUAUGUUGAGUAGUUAGAUAAUAUAAAUGUUUAUAAUGUUAAGUACAUGUUAGUUUGUUACCUGGGAAAAAAUGAAAUGGAGAAGUAGCAUUCUACUUUGCCUAAAAAUGCCAGACUUUCUAUAGAGUACCUGGAUCACGCACUUUGCCUAAAAAUGCCAGACUUUCUAUAGAGUACCUGGAUCACGCACUUUGCCUAAAAAUGCCAGACUUUCUAUAGAGUACCUGGAUCACGCACUUUGCCUAAAAAUGCCAGACUUUCUAUAGAGUACCUGGAUCACGCACUUUGCCUAAAAAUGCCAGACUUUCUAUAGAGUACCUGGAUCACGCACUUUGCCUAAAAAUGCCAGACUUUCUAUAGAGUACCUGGAUCACGCACUUUGCCUAAAAAUGCCAGACUUUCUAUAGAGUACCUGGAUCACGCACUUUGCCUAAAAAUGCCAGACUUUCUAUAGAGUACCUGGAUCACGCACUUUGCCUAAAAAUGCCAGACUUUCUAUAGAGUACCUGGAUCACGCACUUUGCCUAAAAAUGCCAGACUUUCUAUAGAGUACCUGGAUCACGCACUUUGCCUAAAAAUGCCAGACUUUCUAUAGAGUACCUGGAUCACGCACUUUGCCUAAAAACGCCAGACUUUCUAUAGAGUACUUGGAUCUCGCACUUUGCCUAAAAAUGCCAGACUUUCUAUAGAGUACUUGGAUCUCGCACUAUGCCUAAAAACGCCAGACUUUCUAUGGAGUACCUGGAUCACGCACUUUGCCUAAAAACGCCAGACUUUCUAUAGAGUAUUUGGAUCUCGCACUUUGCCUAAAAACGCCAGACUUUCUAUGGAGUACCUGGAUCACGCACUUUGCCUAAAAACGCCAGACUUUCUAUAGAGUACUUGGAUCUCGCACUUUGCCUAAAAACGCCAGACUUUCUAUAAAAUACCUUGAUUUUGCACUUAGCCUAUAAACGCCAGACUUUCUAUAAAAUACCUUGAUUUUGCACUUAGCCUAUAAACGCCAGACUUUCUAUAAAAUACCUUGAUUUUGCACUUAGCCUAUAAACGCCAGACUUUCUAUAAAAUACUUUGGUUUUUAACUUGGCCGGUACUCUCUAAAGGCUACUUGAUGGUAGUUGGCGAAGUUAUUUUUUUACGUACAUAUUACAUUAAAAAAAAAAAAACAACCCCAAAUUAACUUAAUUAACCCUUAAAAUGCGUGUGGUAGUUUAGCCUCUCAGCAUCAUGAUUGUAAUUCCAUUUUGUAUGCACUAAUUGUAAAACUGCUCAUCACUUUAAGGGUUAAGGAAGUAUUUCUUUCUUUCUCGACAUAUUAACCCAAACAUUUUAUUGGUGGCCAUCAAUACUUCCAACGAUAGAACACAUGUCGCCCAACCAGUGAGCUCUGGACAAAUUGCAAUCUCAAGUCAUGCAAACCAGUUUUUUCAAAUGUCUUUCAUUUUUAUCUCAUUUGUUUUUGCUUCCAUAUUUUUUAUCAUUUGCUGCUUUGGCUGUAGAUGUCACAUGGGGAUAAAUGGUCGAGUGCUUAGUAGCUUUGCUGUCUAUUGGUCCAGAGUUCGAGUCCUAUAUUGUGUCUGAGAGGCAUGUAAUCAGUCAAGAGGGGCUAGAGUUUGAGUCCCGACUCGAACUGAGUUGUGUUAGCGGAUCGCAGAAAUGCACUUUUCCAGAAAUACACACAUACUCUUGGACUAUGCAGUGUGCAACUAUUGAUGCUAUGCAAGAUGCGUUAUAAUAAAUGUAAAGACCAUUUUUUUUGUGUUUUAUUUUUUGGUGAUAUGGACUCUGAAUAUGGACUUCCCAUUAGAGAGCAUGAGUUAUCUCCGAACUAAAUGAUAUCUGCCAAGAAAGAGAAACAAAAAUGUGGCUACUGGCUACAUUUUAUUCUUCUUUAAUUGAUGGCCUGUAAACUUUGGGACCUAAAAUUUGCUUUCCAAUUGAUCGAUAUAUUUCGAUAAGGAGCUUUUUUCCUUUUAAAGAUAAUACAUUUUCUUUAUCGAUUUUACUAUUCUCAAAAAAAGUGUAAAUUAAUACUUAGAUAUUAAUGUCAGAAUUGUGUUCAUAUAUGUAUAUAUAAUAUGUAUAUUGAAACAAGCAAUAGCAUUAUGUUUUGAAUGACCAAGAUUUCCUGAUUUGUCGCAUUUGUAGCUAGUGGUACAUACGAGUACUCCAUAGUUCAGACGUUGUACAUUACUUAGUGUUUUUUUUAUAUUUUGGAAUAAAACUGUUAUUUUAAUUGUAAACUGUUUUAGAUGUUUGUUUCUUGUAAAAUGUUUAGCUGUGAACAUCAUUAUUGAUCAAAUAGAAAAAAAAACAACAACAUC